AUGCGUUCCAGGGAAGUUCCAAGUACAACUCAACGAGCUCUAUCGAAUGAUGUGCUCAGAUUUUUCGUAGCUCAAAGUCACGUGAAUUGUUAUGCAACAUCAAAUGGUUCACGUGUUGAAAUGGCAUUAUUGAAAACGGGGGAUUUCUUUGGUGGAAAAGGCGUUUUCAAUAAUGCAGUAAAUAUUGUAACAUUAGAAGCUGCUGAUGAUGUUAUUUGUUUGGUUAUUAACCGUAAAAUCUUUAAUGAUGAAUUACGAGACAUCAUGAAUCACCUUCAACAAGCUUAUUAUCUAUUUGAAUUAUUCAAAAACCAGCUCUAA